AUGGGAUCCAACGUUGAGCUGGUAUGGCCAGAGUCAGAGGCAUAUUCCUCACGGGUGAACAACUGCUCACAUGCAAAUUCAUCCCUAGCUGUAAUUCGAGCGAAGUUGAGUGCCGAACAAUUAGAACAAUUCAAGACAUCAUGCUUUGGCCAUCUUCUGAAUAUAGAUAAGAUUCAGUUUAGCGGGCAGAUUGUGCAUGGGGUUGUGUUGCGUAGAGUAGCGGGGCAGGGUGUGAAAGACUUGGAUGGACUGAGUUUCUUAAUAGGGUGCGACGUUGCUCAGUUCACUCGUCAGGAUUUCUGUUUGAUCUCAGGGCUUCGUUUUGGGGAAGUGCCUGAAGUUUCCAGUGGAGAAAGUGAUGAAAUUAGACUUCAGAAAAGAUAUUUUAUAGACGAAGGAAUUACAUGUAAUGCUUUAGAAGAAGCAUUUGUGAGGUGCACAGAGGAAGAUGACGUCUACAAGCUAGCUCUUGUUUACUUUGCUGAGUUAGUGGUUUUGGGAAGGGACAAACAUUUGAACAUCAAUCUAAAUUACCUGACCCUUGUAGAGGACUUGGAUGCGUUCAACAGGUUUCCAUGGGGUUCGGUGUCGUUUGACAAAACCCAAGACAGUCUGUUUUCUGCACCAACAAAGUAUGUGAAAAGCUUUGAAAAUGAAGAGGGAAGAGGGAAGGGGAAAUGUAAGGUAACCGGAACAAGCCGGAGAAAUGAGAAGGGCAAGAAGGAUAACCAUGGUGAAGUGCAAAGGGGUGGCUGGAGUUUUAAAGGUUUCACGUAUGCUUUCCAGAUUUGGGUAUAUGAAUUAAUUCCUAGAAUGGUGGACCUGAAUUACUGCAAGGUUGUUGAUCCGACAGCUCUCCCGCGUAUUUUGCGAUGGAGAACUACUACGUCUGUUCCCGAGAUGAGAAAGUUGAACAAUUAUUUUUUCCAGAGCAAAGAGUCAGUUCAGUUGCGGGCGCUAUGUCCAAGUGAAGAGGAAAUGAGACAACCAUAUUGGAGUUGGCCACAGGGUCGCCCUGCUGUUGUCUCGGCAGAGUCAAUUCCUUCUUCAUGUGCUGACCUUGAUGAGUUGAACAAGGCGGUAAGCUUGUUGAGGUCCGAGUUGUUUCAAGUAAAGCGGGAAAAGGACGUCCUUGAGUUAAAGGUCAUACGGAUGGAAAAAAAUUUGGGCCACUGUUUAGGUCCUCAUUUUGAGCAGGAAGUGAGAAGGGACAUAGCUUUACUGAAAGAGAGGACGAAUCGUUGUGUCGUGUCACAUCUAUUUAAGGGAUAUGAGGAAGUGGAUGGCAUGCAAUGGGAUGAAGGGCCAAGUAAUAGAAAUGAAGGAGAGGCAAAUGAAGAGGAGGACAUUGAAGGGGGUGAAGGGCCAAAUAACAGAAAUGAGGGAGAGGACAAGGAAGAGGAGGGGAUUGAAAGGGGUGAAGGGGCAAGUAAGACAAAUGAGGGAGAGGAAAAGGAAGAGGAGGGGAUUGAAGGGGGUGAAGUGCCAAGUAAGAGAAAUGAGGGAGAGGAAAAGGAAGAGAAGGGGAUUGAAGGAGGUGAAGUGCAAAGAAAACCAAGGGAGGUAGAGGAAGCUCAAAGGAAAAGAAGUGAGGGAGAGCAAGUGAAAAUAAAAAGCAGCAAAGGAGAGGAAGCGCAAAGAAAGAGCAUUGAGGGAGAGGAAGAACUGCAAAGAAAAAGCAGUGAGGGAGAGGAUCAAAAAAAAAAAAAAAAAAAAAAAGGAAAGGAAGUGAAAAGACAGAGAAGUGAGGAAAAGGAAGUGCAAAGAAACCAAUGUGAGGAAGAGGAUGAUGAAGUUAUGUUGGUUGGCGAUGACAUUGGCGAGAGCACGGAGGGGACAAAGGUUGAGGUUACUCUCGGGGACAUUGAUUUGGAUCAACCUACAGCUGUGUUAUCUCAGUUGAACGUUUGGUUGAAUGAUGAAGGUCAAGGUGUGGAACGAGGGGUCCAAUUACGGAAGAGGAAGAGGAUUAUUCCUAUGUGGAAGAUCGUUGAAGCUAGUGAAGUGGUUAAAAAAAAUUUGCCAAAGACAACCGGACUUCGGACGUUAGACCCAAUGAAGGCGAUUCCGCAUGAUGAUAUGGUGAAAUUGCUGAAACUUUGUUCGGAAUGGCGCCAUAACCCAAAUUUGGUGAUGCAAUUUGGCAACGUGGAAGCUGAGAUUGAAUUCUUCGCUUCCCUCGUCAAAGCUGACGGUUGGCUGAAAGGAGAUCACAUUGAUUUGGGCUUGUAUCUCAUCCGGAAGCGACAACAACAGUUGGAGGAAGUAGAAAUAUCGGAUUGGACAACGACCGAUGUAUUUUUUAUGAAUCACAUCCAUACUUGCUUUGCGGAUAAUAAAAGGAAAAAAGAGCAAGUUGGGUGGAAAAUUAGAACCAGUUUAGUGAACGUUGUAAAUGGCAAGGUUCCGGCUUGUGGAUUGGAUUGGCAGAACACGUAUAAGGUGUAUGUACCUUGUAUGUUGCAAAAAUAUAAGCAUUGGGUGGCUCUAGAGAUUGAUCUGAUUCAGUGUGAAAUCAAAGUCUACGAUUCAAUGGUUUCACUCAUUCCAGAUCAGAGCUUAAAGGAAGAACUCGGCCCCCUGUCAAUUACGAUUCCAAAUCUUCUGCACACCCUCGACUUUUAUGAAGAAGGUGUUUACGCGAACGAGUGCACCCGAGAUUGGUGGUGUCCAUGGCCAAUACAUCGUGUGGAUGUUCCACAACAGGCUAAUCAAGGCGAUUGUGGUAUGUUCGUGUUGAAGUACAUUGAGCUGUUGAGUGCUGAGAUUUCCUUAGCUACUUGCACCUCGCAGAACAUGCCAUUUUUUCGGUUGAAGUUGGCUGCAGAAAUUGCACGGGGAGAUGCUUACAUGCCAUGA